CGAGACCGUGGCGACGCGAGCGGAGUAGACGGCUGGGUCGGGGCGCGGGCAGAGGUCCCUCUCGCGUCUCCAAGUGCGCCCUGGGCGCGCCGAGCCACCGCUUCGCUUCCCCGCGCAGAGCGAAUCCCCUGAAGAGAGACCCGGCUCCGGAUGCCGUUCUCCGGCGGCUUGUGGUGGCUGCUGUGCUGUAGGCAAGGCUUCACCUUGCUCCGGCGUGACUAUGGCGAGGCAGGCAAGCGGGGGGCAGACGAGGAGGAAGCCGAGGAGUCCUUCGAGCUGCGCAGUCAAGCCGACCAGGGAUCUGCCUUGCAGGUGAACUUCACUCAGCCCAGUCGUGCUAGCAGUGAUUCUGAAAGGUCCUUGCCAGUGGCUGAAGAUACGCACCACCUUAUCACAGAGAAGAAGUGUGGAAGGGUGCAAGAUGUACCUGAUGCUAUUGUGAAAGGCUGGCUGCAGCGAGAGGUGCGGGGAGGUAUAAAGACUCCGUGGCUGCGGCCCCGCAAAUACUGGUUUGUGCUGACCGAGGAUUCCCUUGACUACUAUAGCGGGUGCGAGGUGAGCGCCCGGCGCCUUGGGUCCCUUGUCCUCACCAGCCUCUGUUCUGUGCUAUGGCCUGACAAGCAGACCUACAAAGAGACAGGAUACUGGGCAGUGACUGUUUUCGGCAGGAAGCACUGCUACCGGCUCUACACGGAGCACUUAAAUGAGGCUGUGCAUUGGGUUUGUGCACUGCAGAAGGUCAUCAUCAGCAAAGCCCCUGUUCAGACCCCCACGCAACUCCUCAUGUGUGACAUUGAGGAGAACCGCAACAGCCCAGAAAACCUGGAUCAAAUUUAUCAAAAUAAUCCCAUCCUGUGUUAUACGGCUGGUCCUAUCUAUGCACCACUACUACCCUUCUCUUAUGCAGCUCCUGGUGGCCAAGGCUAUGCAGGGCUUCGUGAUGAAGCUGUCAAGCUGUUCCACUCACUUCAACAGCUGGAAGGGGUGCGAGAGCCAGCACUCCUCAUGCAGGGGGUGCUGCAAACUUGCCAUGACCUCCCAUCCCUGGUGGAUGAGAUUUACUGCCAACUGGUGAAGCAGACAACAGAGCCACCCAUACCAGGUGCACCUGCAAACCUGCGCUACUGGCAGCUGCUCACUUGCAUGAGCUGCACCUUUAUGCCUUCCCUGCCUGUACUGUGCUACCUGCAGCUGCACCUGCAGCGCAGGACAGAGAAUCGGUUCCCAGCCUCAGAGAUAGCUCAAUAUGGACACUUCAUCACAGAGGCCCUGCGUAAGACCAAGAGGUGGGAGUGUGUGCCCUCAUUGGAUGAGAUUGCAGGACUGAUGGGACACCAGGAAGUGGUGUGCACCAUGCACUGCCCUGGCACCGGCACCUGUCAUGUCGCCAUCACCUCUCAAACCACAGUCCAGGAGGUGGCCCAGAAGCUGAUGUUGCGCCUGGGCCUGGCCUGUAGCCCCAACUCAUUUGUCCUCUAUGAGGAGACCUGGCAGCGUGAGUGCCCCCUUCCGGAGGAUGUGCUGGUGGCAGAGGUCCUCACCAGGUUUGAGAACUUAGCUGGAGAUGAGUCACACUGGAAGCUCCCUGGAAGUCUCUGGUUGAGGCAUUAUAGGUGUCUGAACAUGGACCGUGUCCCCUGCAAAAGCCAGGAGUUUGCACUGCUGUUUAAGCAAGGGAUUUCUCGCUGGAGCGUUGUCUGCUGGACUGUGGAGUGGCUCCUCACUGGCAAAGCAACAGGUGAAGUGGAAGGAACAUUCACCCGGCCAUCUCUAGGAGGCGGCCAUCAAGGACAAACCGAAGCAAUUGCAGGGGAUGAGACAGCUAGAGGCCAUGGCAGGCCACCUCGACCUGGUGGGCAUGUGGUUGGCCUUUGGCUCUGCUGCCUUUGAUUGAGAGGCUCAUCAGGUAUUAUGCAGCACCUACAUGCAAACAUGUUCAGCACCAACCUGCAGCAGGAGACUCCAGUGGCCGCACUAAAAUCAGGGAUUGUGCUCACCCAACUGCCAGAAUUGGGAUGCUGACUGCCUCCUUGCCCUGGAAGCAGCCUUGUAAUCCAGGACCAGUGCCUUCAGACACUUGUAGCAAGGAUACCAGUGGUACUUUAUGCUCCUAAGGAGCUGGUAACUAUGUCUCCUCUCCUGUGCAGAGGGAUCCCCCAUCCCCACAAUUGUAUAAAAAUAUUUAUAUCAAUAGAA